AUUAAUUGGCAGUAAUUAUGCGCGCUAUAAUCAGCUGAUGUCAGGAACUAGCUCCAUUUUUGACAGUUUGACUUUGCAGUGGCUUUAAUAUUAAGUUUUACUUAAUAUAUAUUUUUGUAUGAGAUUUAAGCUCUGCCUACACAGUCAUGGACCUCACUGCACGUUACUGGACAUGAGGCAGCGCUGAAGACUUUCUCGAGACCUCACCCACCCAUCAGGCGGAGCAGCAGCAUCCAACAUCCACAUCCUGACCAUCGUCAACAGGAUUUGACAGCCAACGCCUCGUUCAUCCAAAAAAAUGUCUCCGAUUAAGGAAUUUACACUGAUUUAUGAACGUCCCAACCCAGACGAUAUCUUCAGUGAAGGAGACACUGUCACGGGCGCUGUCAGGUUCACUUUGACAAAAGAAAUCAAAGUGAAGAAGCUCCUCGUGAAGCUGAAAGGGGACGCACAUGUACACUGGACACAGGGGAGUGGAGAUAACAAGAAAUCAUACUCUGCUUCCAGGAGAUACUUCAAAGCCAAAGAGAAUUUAGUGGAAGAAAAUGCUACAGACACUGUACUUUCCGAAGGACCCAAUGAAUUCAAGUUCAGCCUUCAAAUCCCGCAGGAUGACCUGCCGUCAUCCUACAAAGAUCCUCAUGGAAAGAUUGUCUACAUGCUUGAAGCAAAGCUGUCCAGGAGCUGGCACUUUGCAACUAAAUCACAAAAAGAGCUCAAACUGGCGUCAAAGUCGUUGGCACACCACGGCCAAAUGAUGUUUCCUCACUCUGGUUCAGUGGAUAAAGACAUUGGGGUUUUCUCCAAAGGACAGGUCCAAAUGUCAGCUACCAUUGACAGAAGCGUCUGCUCUCCAGGUGACACUUUAUCUAUUGUUGCCAAAAUCUCCAACUCUUCUUCCAAAAAAAUGAAGCCCAAAUUCAGUUUGCAGCAGAAAAUAGAGUACAAUGCCGGCAACGGCAAAAAAGUCUGUGACUCAAGUCUUUGCAAGAUAGUUAGGGAAACUAUCGAAGUGAACUCAGAGGAAACUGUCACCUGCCCAGUGGAGAUUCCUGCCAAUGUCAUCGGCACUAUCCAUAACUGUGAAAUCCUCUCAGUUGAAUAUUACCUCAAGGUUUAUUUGGACAUCAGUUUUGCCGUUGACCCAGAGGUGGUGUUUCCACUUGUCAUCAUUCCUUCUGUCAUGAGGUCUUACCAAACUGGAGCUGAUGCGGCCUCAUGUUACAGCGCCUUCCCUCCCCCUCCACUACCUGAUGGACUUCAUCCUUCAGAUUCAUUUGCGUAUGGAUACCCAGAACCAGAGCCUACUGAAGCGGCAAACACAAGUGGCUUUAACAAUUAAUAAUAAGCCACUCCAUAUGGGUUUCUAACUGCAGCUUUCCCAUCGUCGUCUGAUGAGCAUCAAAGCCCUGCUGCUCCACCUCUGUUUCAACAGGGAGAAGAACCUCCAGACUAUAUGUCCCUUUUACAGCUGCUGUGAUUAGUCUGGCCCUUACUUUUAUCACAAUAAGAACACGAAUAGCUCAGUUACACAACACCACUUCCAUAAAGUUAAAAGGCAAAGUUUUUGGAAAGUUCUUAUUGUUUGCCGGGAACAGAUCUACUUCAACAGAGCAGAACAGCCAGGCUGGAAUGUUAGAAACCCUUGACCAACUCUAAAAUAUAAAAUAACCCUUUAAUCCUCUCACUAUUUUGCCACUACACCCCUUCUCAUGGCACUUUUCUUCAGACACAGACAGUUGAUGAGGGCAUUUGAGUUAUUCAAAAUGGUUCUUCACUUCUUACUGUCUUCACUUUAUAUAUAAAUAGACAAAUGAAACAAAUUAUUUUACGCCCUUUAUGCCUUAACCGCAGUCAUCAGGAUGCAAUUUGUAUUUUAUGUGCCUUGUACAAUGAAGUGUCUUAGACUGAUAAUUGUUUUGGUGUUACCACAGUCUCCUGCCAGUUGACAGAAACUGGACAAAAUCAAACUAAAGCUUACUAAGAGACCAUAUAUACUGCAUAUAUUCUCCUUAUAAUCCUUAAAGCCUGUUGUGUUUGACAUGAGUAAGCUGACGAGGCAUGAAGCCACUACUCUUGACACUACACUAAUGAAAACAGUGCCAUGUAUAUAAUCUUCCAUUUAUGCCAUAUUCUAUAGAGUCCCUUAAAUCGUACACACCGGACCUUUAAAUGUGUUGCAUGUUCUAUUCAUAUUUCUUGACAAAUAAUCUCAUUCCCUCGAUAGUUUGUCUUUUUACAUUUUUGUGUGUCCUUUAUGUCUUAACCUCAGUCAUCAGGAUACAAUCUGUGUCUUAUGUGCCUUGUUCAACCAGGUGUCCUGGACUGAUAUUUUUUUUUCCAAUGUUACCUCG